UGCGCGAGUUGUCAAAUAAUUAUUAUUCUCGAGUUCGUUCAACGGCAAAACACGAGUGUUUCUGAAAUUAUUUUUUUCUUUUCAAAGAAAGAAAUUCAAAAUGCAGCUAACUUUGGUACAAUUCUUCAAAAAGAGUGUCAACGGCCACAUCUUUCGCGGCAAGUACCGGUUGGUGAAGCGCGUGACCCCGCGGUCCGUCGAAUCUCUGCGGCGCGAUUACGAGCAAACCGAGCGAAACAUGUCGCUGCUGCUGAAACCUUAUCUUAUGCCGGAACAAUCCUCCGGUCAUGCCAAGGAGCUGGCAAAAAAGCAGCAAACACUGAACAAGUGGCGCGAGAAUCAGCUUAAGAUGAAACCACACGUGUCGAUUGCCGACCGGCUCGGUCACUUGAACAUCCGAAAUAUCUGGGACUAGAGGGACGGAACGGGAUGUUCACUUGAGUAGUAAAUUAAGCAACAGGCAUUUUAGCGUUCGUAUACUGUACAUAGCAAAUAAAUACAAGUCAAAAAGAGUAUUUAACAAUGAAA